AUGGAUGAGGAAAUAACUAACGCAGUGAACCUGGAUUUGAAUCUGGGUCCUGACCCUGAGUCAGGUUUCGAGCCAGUGACGAUUACCUUUAACGAUCCUGCUGUGGAGCUGAUUGAUAGAGAAUCUGAACCGUUGAGAAGGUUUGGCAGGACUCGGCACCGGUCACGUUUCAGGCAGAUUACUAGACUUCCGGUUUUCACUAACAUACACAGCCCUGCGAUAGAGUUGAGUCAGUUAAUGCUCAGGUCUGAGAACGGAGCUGCUUUACCUUCCGGUGAAGGAAGCAUAGCUGGUGGAGGAGGAGAAAGAGUCGACGAGGAGUUGAAAAAGUGUGAGAAUGGGAGCAAGUUGUUGGAAGAAGAGAGUGUAACAGAGGAGAAGAAGGUUAUGGAGAAGAGCGUUGGAAGCGAUGGGAGCUUUUUCGAUUGUUAUAUAUGUUUGGAUUUGUCUAAGGAGCCAGUUGUUACCAACUGUGGACAUCUCUACUGUUGGUCUUGCCUUUACCAGUGGCUACAGGUGUCAGAGGCUAAGGAGUGUCCGGUUUGCAAAGGGGAAGUGUCUGUGAAGACCUUGACGCCAAUCUAUGGCCGUGGGAAGAAUAAAAGAGAAUCUGAAGAGGUUCCUGAUGGUAAGAUCCCUUCGAGGCCACAAGCUCGGAGGACAGAGAGUUUGAGGACUUCGCUUCACAGGUCGGGGUUUGUAGCGACGGAGAUGAUUAGGCAUUUGCAGGAGAGGCUUGACAGGGAGUCUAGUGGAGGGGAAAUGCGCUCGAGGUCGUUUCUUGACCGGUUUAUGACAUCGAGAGGAGUUAGAGCAGAGCAGAGCCGGUCUGUCGCAGCGUUAAUUGCGCCGUUGGAUGAUGUUGAUAUCGUUAACGACAUCGGUCUGAUCUCGAAUGCUGCUACAACAACAACUCCUGAGCGUGAAGAGAGAGACCCGUACGCGAGUGAAGAUCCGUAUCUGAGGACUCCUUUUGCUAUGGCGAUCCGGAGACGGUUAAGAGAAGAGAGAGCUGCGAGGUCAGCGAGGAUGUCGUCGACGACCUCUGCUGAGAGAGCAGUGGACGCUUAUUUGACGACGAAUGCAUUGGGGAGGAACCAAGAGCAGAACCAGGGCGUUGCUGGUGUUGGUGUUGUUGAAGACAGAGACUCGUUUUCAAGCAUAGUUGGGGUAAUGAACUCGGAGAAUCAAGUGGAUACUGCGGCUGAGAUUGAUUCUAUGUUGACUGUUUCGACUUCUUCGUCUGUGAGGAGACCACAUGAGAACAGCUCGAGGGUCUCUGAUGUAGACAGUGCAGAUUCUCGUCCACUUAGGAGGAGAAGGAGAUUGGGUUAA